AUGCACCGGAAAACUCAGUUUUCGUUAGCCCUGCUAACGUACACCCAGAGAAAACCGUUAGCGUGCGCCUCAAUUAAGUUUAAAAUUCAGAACAAGCCUUUGAUUUUGAGGAGAUGGGAACCUAGUAUGAAGCAUUUAGAGUUUGAUCUCUCUCGUAUCCCCGUAUGGGUUCAGCUUUACAACAUUCCCUUGGAGCUUUACUCACGUACUGGAUUAAGCUAUAUUGCCAGUGCGUUGGGUGUGCCUUUGUCUAUGGACUCGGUGACUGCUUCCAGGACUAGGUUGGAAUAUGAAAAGGUUUGCAUUGAAAUUGGAGUGAAAGAUUCCAUCCCAAAAUUUGUAAAUGUUGUGUUGCAGGAUGGACUUGCUGUCUCGAUUAGGGUUGUGGUUCCCUGGGUUCCUCAUUGCUGUCAGAGAUGUAAUGUUUUUGGGCAUAGUGAGAAGGUUUGUCCUGAUGUGCACAUGCCCCAACCUGCUGUGAUUCAGGUAAGAAAUAAACUUUCUGGAAAAAGGUUAGAGAAUUGUGAGGAGGAUAAUUGUUCUCAAAUUCCUAUUGUUGGUGGAAUUGAGGCUUUGCAGGAGCCUUGUCAACCUGCUGGAGAAGGGUUGGAUAAUUGGGGGUUUGCUCAGCCUGUAGUUGAUUUUCCUCCUUUGCAAGCUUCUUCUCAGAAAAAGAAUGUCAAGAAUAAAGCUAAAAAGCAAUUUGCUAGCUCUUCUAACCGUUUUGAGGUUUUGGUGGCAGUUGCUGGUUUAGAAGGAAGUAGGAAGCCUCGUGCGGCUACCAUGGGUGUUACUGCGCUCCUAAAUGAAAUGAAGCAUAAAAAGAAAGAUCUUGUUGAUAAGUCAGUGGGUUCCAUUGUUGGAGCAGUAGCUGGAACUGUUGGGGGGGGAGGCCAACCAUGCUUAAUGAUUAUAUGUUUUUGGAAUAUUAGGGGCUUUAAUAACCCCCUAAAGCAAAAGCAAGUUUUUACUAGAAUGGGUAAGCUCAAAGUAGACAUUAUCUGCCUUAUGGAAACCCGUGUGAGGUCUGUUAAUGUGUACAAGUUGGUUGAGUGUUAUUCUUCAGACUGGAAUUGUUUUACAAAUCAUGAGUACUCUGACAAUGGUAGGCUGUGGAUUUUCUGGAGAAAAGCUCUUACCUUAUCAGUCUUGAAAGUCUUUGACCAAUCUUUGUCUUUUGUUGGUGAGAUUGGUGGCCAUAGGUGUGUUCUAACUGCAGUCUAUGGAAGCAACAGUGGUUCUGAUAGGCUUCACCUCUGGAGGCAGUUGGAAGAGGUGGAAAGUUUAGUUGGGGAGGCUUCAUGGCUUAUAGGAGGUGACUUCAACAUUUUCAUCAAUGCUGAAGAAAGCUCUGACUUUGAGAGCCUUGGGCCUUAUGUCACUGCUGAAAUGGAAUCUUGUAGGAGCUGUUUGUCAUCCUUGGGGCUUUUUGACCAUCCUUAUGUGGGUCCUCUAUAUACAUGGUCAAAUAAGCAAGCAGGGAAUUUUUUGGCUCGUAAAUUGGAUCGAGCUCUUAUUAAUGCUCGGUGGCUUGAAGAUUUCCCAAAUUUCUUUGUUGAGUUUUUAGCUCAGGGGGUCUCUGAUCAUUGUCCUGCUGUGAUUUCUUUUUUCAAGGAUAACCAGGCUGACAGGCCCAAACCUUUUAAGUUUUUCAAUUGCUGGGCUAAUCAUGGUGAUUUUAAGAGUGUUGUUAAAGAGUCUUGCCAGCUAGACGUGUCUGGCUCUCCUAUGUUCUAUGAUGAGAAGAUUCUCUUUAAUGAGCUUCAGGAGCUUGAGGUGGCUGAAGCCUCUUUUUAUAAGCAAAAAGCUAAAGUCCAUUGGUUGAAAGAGGGAGACAGGAAUACAAAAUUUUUUCACUCUACUGUAGUGAGGAAAAGUAAGAGUAACACUGUUAGAUUGCUCUACGCUGAAGAUGGUUCUCGGUUGGACUCAUUUGAUGCUAUGUCUGCUGAGAUGUUGAGAUUUUACACUGAGCUUCUUGGUUUUGAGGAUGUUGGUGUUCAAAGCUACGGUGUUGAUCUCCUAAAGAGUCUGUUGGGAUAUGAGCUUCCUUGUGAUGCUGCUACCUUAUUGGUCAAGGAGGUCUCUAAUGAAGAAAUUAAAGCUUCUCUGUUCAGGCAAGGUAAUGAAAAAAGCCCUGGUCCGGAUGGAUAUACAACAUAUUUUUUUAAUACGGCUUGGGAUAUUAUCCAUGAAGAUUUUCUGGCAGCUAUUAGAGAUUUUUUUCAGACAGGUACUCUACUUCCUGCCUUCAAUGCUACAGCAAUUGCCUUCGUACCUAAGACUCCAAAUGCUGGUAUGGCUAAAGACUUUCGUCCUAUAUCCUGUUGUUCGGUUGUCUAUAAAACUAUCACUGGAAUCAUUGUUGCUCGGUUAGCUUGCUUCUUCCCUGGUAUGAUUUUGCCAAACCAGUCAGCUUUUAUUAAAGGGCGUAGUAUUGUUGAUAAUACGCUCUUGGCUCAAGAGAUUGUUAGGGGCUACUCCCACAGUUCCCUUUCCCCAAGGUGCACUCUUAAAAUUGACUUAAGGAAGGCAUUUGAUUCUGUGUCUUGGGACUUCUUGAUGAAUGUUCUUACUUCCUUAGGGCUCCCAGGAAGGUUUAGAGAUUGGAUCACUGCAUGUGUCAUUGGUGCUAGAUAUUAUGUAGCAUUUAAUGGUAGUUUAGUGGGUUUCUUUAAAGGGAAGAGGGGAAUUAGGCAGGGUGAUCCUCUGUCCCCUUAUCUCUUUGUUCUUAUUAUGAAUGUAUUGUCCCAUUUGUUAAACGUCGCUGCCAAGGAAGGGUUAACCCGGUUUCACCCUAAAUGUAAGCGUGUUCCUCUCACUCAUCUCAGCUUUGCUGAUGAUUUAUUAAUUUUUUGCCAUGGUGCUGAGGAUUCUAUUUUGGGUGUUGUUGGUGUUCUGGAGGUCUUUUAUAAGAUGUCUGGGCUACAGUUAAAUGCUGGGAAAUCUGAGCUGUUUUCUUGUGGUGUGCAUGAGGAUGUUUUAAAAAGAGUGCAGGUUACUACUGGUUUUAAAUUGGGUACACUUCCUGUUAGGUACCUUGGUGUGCCAUUAGUUACCAGAAAGCUUACUGCUAAGGACUGUCUUCCUUUGGUUGAUAAGAUCAUAAGUAAGCUGGCUUUGUGGCAGAUGAUUUUGCCUAGUAAAGUCAUUAGGCAGGUUGAGCAACUCUGUAUGCGGUUCUUCUGGAAGGGGGAUGAUGUUCCUACCAAGGGGGCUAGAGUCAGCUGGAAGCAGAUGUGUUGGUUGAAGUUUGAAGGUGGCUUGGGUUUAAAAAGUCUGGGCUGCUGGAAUAAUGUUUGUUGUUUUUUACUGAUUAGAAAUAUCCUUGCAAAUACUGGGUCUCUCUGGGUGGCCUGGGUUAAUGAAUAUGCCCUGAAGGGGGCCACUUUCUGGGAGGCUGGUUACAAACCUCAGCUCAGCUGGACCUUGAGGAAGUUGCUUAAGCUACGAAUAGAGGCUGCUGGUUUGUUUGGCAAUGUAGUUGACUGGAAUUUGGUUAAAACCUAUUGGGUGUGGGAGAAGUUGAGAGACAAGAAGGAGAAGGUUAGUUGGGAACACUUGAUAUGGUUCCCUCUCCAUAUCCCUAGAAUGUCUAUUGUAGCUUGGAUGGUUUUUUUGAACCGUCUGCCUACUAAGGAUAGGCUUAUUCAUAUGGGGAUUGAACUAGAUGGGCGUUGUGAGCUCUGUAGUGAUGGGGUUGAGAGCAUGGAUCAUUUGUUUAAUGACUGCACCUUUGUUGCUGGACUCUGGAGUAAAAUUCUGCAGACUUACAGAAUUCACUAUAGGGGGUUGUGCUGGAAUGAUACUUUGUCCUGGGUUGCUACUAACUUUAAGGGAAAAUCCUUGCUAGUCUGCAUUUUGAAGCUAGCUUGGAUUAGUCUUCUGUAUUUUGUCUGGGAAGAACGUAAUCUCAGGCACUUUAGAGCCUGUUCUCGGGUGCUUGAUGAGGUCUUUGACGCUAUAAAACGGACAGUUAGUGUUAAGUUGCAUGGUUGUAGCAUCAACAAAGCUGAUAGGGCAUGUGAGAUGCUCCUAAAGCGGUGGCUACUUAUGGGUUGCUCCUUAAUUUUGCUUGCAGUUAAUUGUUGA